AUGUUCUACUCCUUGGCGAGCUCGGCGACCGUUCUGCCCCGCCAGAGUAAUAUUACGUUGACUUCAUUCUACUACGCAGGCACCGCCUGCAGCGCGGGAACCGUGUCAAGAAGCAUGAACCGCGACGGAUCGACCAUCACAUUCGGCUUCGAUUUAUUCGAAACGCACUACGGCCCCGGCUAUCCGCCGGCAGAGAGGUACAAGAACUGCAUCGUCUAUUUUAGACUCAGCUACCCGCUCGGCAGCAAGUUCGAGAUUGUGGGGACAACCUACCAUGGCCAGGCCAGGCUGGAUGCCGGGUGGAAUGCCACGAUCCAGUCGACCUACCUCAUUUCCAUCCCAGGAACAGGGAAUGGCAGCACGGUGACCCGAGCCAGGACCACGAGUGAGCUUAUCGGGGCCUACACGACGACAGACACCAUUCCGGCCGGUUCGAAAAUCGCCUCGUCCUGUGAUUGGGAGGAGGCCCAAGUGCAGAUUACCACGCGGGUGAAGCUGAGCACCAGCAGCGCUUCGGUUUCGGGAAGCUUGGAUAAUGAAUCCCCAUUUUCGCUUGGCUUUCAGCAGCUUCAUCUGGGCUGGUCGGUCUGUGAGGAUCAGAUCAGCAAGCGGCGGUAG